UACAGAAAAUCUAUUUUUGAGAACUAGCAACCGCUUAAAAGGGGAAUCGCACAAUUAACACACAUAAUUCGGGACCGAACUGUACUAGUAUUAUUGUUCUAGCCCACUUGAGGGCUACUGAUAAUAUUCUCAUAGUUGCUAGUACUUUAAUUUUUAUCUGUAAAAUAUUAUACUAUUAUCACUGCCAUGUUAUUAUGGUAGUAGGUUUCCCCAUAAUCUUACAUUUGACAUCUUCUGUUAUUGAAAUCUAUUUUGGAGGCUGUUGUCAUUGUGGACAAGGCUAAAUGAGCUGGAAGCAUAUGAUAGCUUUAUUUUAUGUAUACAGUCUGUUUUUUUUACAUAUAAAUUUUAGUUGUAAAGGAUUGUAAAUCACUUAACAAUUUGUAAAAAAAAAAACGUUGGUGGUUUGCUAAAUGCCUUAUUGUCUUGAACAUUUGAAACUAAAAAAUAUUUGUUCUUGUGGCCACUUUUGUACCUAAUGCUGUCACUGGUGUUUCUUGUUUUGGCCAUACAUGCAGUUGCACUAAGGGUUUACAGAUGGAGGACUUGAGCAAAGAUGAGUCUUGUUUCCUGAUUGGCAAAUCUAUUCUACUAUGUUUUGAUGACUGUAUCCACUUAUGUGGUUCUCUUAAACGAUAGGUGGUCUGACUUCUCUUAGAGCAUGAGGAUUUUAAGGUGUGAACAAAUAUGACUGAAGGGAGCCAUAUAAGUCAUCUGUGUUUGAUAUUACCACAACUUCUCCACAGAUGAGUAACAGUGCAGUAUUAUACUGAUUCUCCAUAGAUGAGUAACAGUACAGUCUUAUACUAAUUUGAUAUCACUGAUGACAGGUGAAAAGGAAUAGAAUACUAUGCACCUCCAUGAGGUAUAAUGAAAAAAGAAAAUUCCUGUUUCCUGACAGCUUAUUUGCACCAACACCACAAUCUCCAUCCUGAAAGAAUAUUCUGAGCAAACUCAUUCACACAGGUGACUGUAGAAAAGCACUGACCUUUCUGAAUGGCUGUUUGAAGGUCAUCACUUGUAAGUCGAACUCUGAAAUAAUUUCUGACAAGAGUGGAAGGGUAUUGUUUCCAGAGAGGGGCGUUUGUGACUGAAUCUGACAACUCGUACUAGCAAUAUAUUUUCGUUUUACCUUGGGCUUCACAAAUCAAAGUCCAACAUCCCCCCUCCCCCACCAUCUUGAGUUGAAAAAUCAUCUGCUGAAACUUAGUACAGUAGUCAACUUGGUGAGUGUAGGAUAAAAAUUCCUGAAGAAGUGCAUGAUCUCUGAUGUUAAGAUCUUAAAAAAGGUGGCAGCUGAUGGUUAUCAGCUAUAGAAUUAGAGGUCAUGUUGCCUUUGAACUUCAAUCCCUGGGUGUUAUUGAGAACCAGGUAUUAAUCCUAAAUGGUAGUUUUGCUGGGAGGUUUGAUCAAUGAAGUGAGAGAAAUAGAUGAAUGGCCUACCUAAGUCCCAGUUUAAAAGCAAACUAACUACAGGGGGUCCUCGAGUUACGAUGUUGAUCCGUUCUUACGAUGCGUCGUAACACGAUUUUCAGCGUAAGUCGGAACAUUGAAAAAUACCACAUGAUUUAAUGUAAAUACCUAUCAAUAACAACGAGAGAACAAUUCCUUACCUUUAUUAGUUUGAUUGGCUUGCACACUGGAGAGGAAGCUGCGGUGCUGGAGAGACUGGGGGAGGUUAGUGAAGAGAAAAAGAACCUCCAGAAGUUGCUGGAGAUGCUGAGGCAGGUGAUUCAAUUAUUAGAACCACUACGCUGCUUAGUUAUCACUGUCGCUUUCAUAGGAGCAGAUCCUUUCACAUGUUCAACGAUGCGCUCUUUAUCUUUGAUAAUGGUAGCAACGGUCGAACGGCUAAGGCCAAGCGAGCGGCCAAUGUUUGUUGGCGUUUCUCCCUUCUCAGAUCGCUUUAUAAUGUCCACUUUAAUUUCCAUGGUGAUGGCCUUUCUUUUCUUCGAUGCACUACCAUCAGAAGAGUCCGCCUUGCGCUUGGGAGCCAUAACAAAGAGCAAAAAGUUACAAAAACGAUACAACACGAGGGAGAGAGAGGCAGUGUAAACAACCAAAAUGGCGUAUGGGCGAGGAAUGAGCGUAGCGAAGCGACGCCGUCCUCUCCCCCACAAAGCGUAUUCUUCCGCCGUGCGCCCGGAACUAGUUCGCGUUUGUUUACGUUGCUUACGACGCUAAACCGCGUAAGACGGAACGACGCAAAAUAUUAUUUUUUAUAUUUUUAUGGGGGCGCGUUCGUAACCACGAAACAUCGUAAGUCGAGACCAGCGUAACCCGAGGACUUACUGUACUCUUAUUUUAGAGUCAGACACAGCGAGCAUUACACUUGUUUUAGUCACACAGUGAGGAUAUGUUUAAAAAAUCCUUUGUACAGAAAACCAGGGAUGAGGAGGUGGUGAUGCUCUAGACAAGUUACCUUGAGUGUCCUUUUCCAUGGACAGAAGACACGACCGUCAUUACCAAAUACAUAGCAAGCAGGAAGCAAGUGAGUGCAUCUGACUAUGGAAGCUUGUAGAGUAAAUGGGAUUUUUGUUGGAACAGGCUUUCAAUGUUUCAGCCUGAUCAUGAUGAAAUCUAGUUACCUUUGUUGACAAAAAGGGUCAUUUUAGCAAUCUACAGAAUCUAGAAUAUCAUUGAGGGAUUAGGGAAAAAGCAAGAAGAAUGUAAUUUGAAACACCCUCAAAAAUAAUUAGGAUUGUUUGCAAAAUAUUUACAGUCAGUAUGCAAAAUAUUUACAGUCAAAUAUUAGAUACUACUAUUUAAACAAUAAAAUCACAAACUGUCCUUGUUUAUCCUCCCUCAGGUUAAAGCUCCCUUGAGAGGAACACGCGAUAUUGGUUUGGAUAUUUGGUUGGCCAUGACUAUCAUCACUCAGAAGGCUGUAUUAGUGAGAUGAGUAACAAGGUUUUUGGAGAGGAGCAGCAGCCUCAGACGAAGGAAAAGUUACCUUCGUGUCUUGCAUGUCAGAAUGCUUUUAAAGAAAGUUUGCUACCAUCAGGCAACUCCCAAAUAGAAAACAAGUCAGUUUCAUGUCUUGAGUGUGGGAGGAAACCCAAGUGUAAAAUUAGCCUUGUUAAUGCAGAAUAUCCUGAUUCUGUCAAACCUUAUGCAUGUGAUACCUGUGGGAAGGCAUUCAAACGAAAGGAUAAUUUAAUUGUUCAUUUCCGGGUUCAUACUGGAGAGAAAGAUUAUGUUUGCAGCAUAUGUGGGAAGAAGUUUGCUCAUAAGAAUACACUGAAAGGUCACCAUAAAGUCCACACUGGAGAGAAAAAUUUUUCAUGUGAAAUAUGUGACAGAAAAUUUGCUUUUAAAAGCCAAGUGAAGACCCACAUCACCACCCACGAAGCUAAAAGAUUAUCUUGUGAUGAAUGUGGACGUUAUUUUUCUCGUAGAGUCAAUCUCUUGUCACAUAAGCGAACCCAUGAGAAAGGACUAUCCGCAGCAGGUUUAGUGUGUAAUAUAUGCUGUAAGGAGUUCUCCAAGUGGGCUUGCCUGAGAAACCAUACCAAGACUCACAUUGGCGAAAAGUCAUAUAUGUGCGAAUACUGUGGUAAGAAGUUUCUCGUUAAGAAUCAGCUCACUGUUCACACUACUAUUCACACUGGUGAAAGGAAGUUCGAGUGUGGGGACUGUGGCAAAAGGUUUUCAAAAAAGAGCCACUUGUGUGUUCAUGCCAGAACUCACACGGGUGAGAGGAAUUUUGUCUGUGGGGAGUGUGGGAAAAGAUUUAGCAUUAAAAGUCACCUGAACAAUCACAUACGGAUCCAUACUAAAGAUAAGAAUCUUGUUUGUGAAAUUUGUGGGAAGAAAUUUACUGAGAAAAGUGCUCUGGCUUUACAUCAUAAAAAUCAUAAGCACAUGAAUGAGGGGAAGAAAGAGGGUGGUAGCAGGAUAAAGGUUUGCAAGUUAGAAAUUAAAGAUUGUUACAUUUGUCAGGAAAAGUUCAGUGAUGAAACCUUAUUGCUGAAACAUUUAUGUCAUCAUGAACAGACCAAUAUUUUGUCUUCCCAGACGUUAAAGGAAUUAAAUUCAAAGAUGUCUACAAGAGACAUAAAUUCUGUAGUUCAAGAAAUUCAGAAUGCCAUCAGUAAUAUACUCCCUCUUAAUUCGGAAGCUCAUAGUAGCUGUGUCUUGAAAACAGAAAAUCCUCAAACACUGCAAAAGAUUGUAGAUAAAAAUGCAUUUACUACAAGUGAUACCAAUUUUAAAGAACAUUUAAACAAUGAUAAUGAACAAAGUUCAUUAUCAUUUGGUUCAAGAAAUUCUGUCAAGUUGGAGGAAGAAGUUACUGAUUUUUAUGUGGAAUAGUUCAUUAGUUCCUGGUUUUGAUUAGGAAAGUUGACUGUUAUGACUUAGCCAGUGAGAUGAAUGCUGAAGCAUGCAGAGAAGAGGAGGAGGAGGAGCCUCAAGCAAAGAGACAGUUGCUUCCUACAAGUCAAAAAUCUUGCAGGGAUAGGAGGAAACCCUCAAGUAAAAUUAGUCCUGUUAAACCAGAAUAUCAAGUUAAAGAAAAACCUUACGUAUGUGAUACCUGUGGCAAAACGUUCGUACAGAAAAUGAGUUUAGUUACUCAUUUUUUAAUUCAUACUGGGGAGAAAAAUUAUGUUUGUGAUAUUUGUGGGAAUAAAUUUCGUACUAAAAGUGCAUUGACUAGUCAUAAUAAAAUACACACUGGAGAGAAAAAGUUUAUUUGUGGAAUAUGUGGAUGGAAAUUUGCUCAUAAAUCCAAUCUCACCUCCCAUAUCAAAAGCCAUGAACCAAAUGGGAAAAAAUAUCCCUGUAGGAUAUGUGGGGAAGUGUUUCUCAGUUUAACUGAUAGCAGGAACCAUUCGCGAACCCACCCUAAUAGUAAACGCAAAUCUUAUAGAAAAGUCUCAACAGAUAGAAAAUUCAUAUGUAAUAUAUGCAAUAAAGCAUUUAAAGAGAAAGCAGGUCUUAAAGACCAUAUUGGAAUUCAUACUGAAGAUAAAAAGUUUGUGUGUGAAUAUUGUGGUAAGACAUUUCGCCUCAAAAACCAUCUCCGCACUCACACAACAAUUCAUACUGGCGAAAGAAGAUAUAAGUGUGAAGAGUGUGGAAAACGCUUUUCACAGAAAAGCCACUUGCGUGUUCAUGCAAGAACUCACACGGGUGAAAAGAAUUAUGUUUGUGGGGAGUGUGGCAAAGGGUUUAAUAUAAAAAGUCAUUUGAACUAUCACAUCAGAAUACACACUGGAGAAAAGAAUUACAUUUGUGAAGUAUGUGGAAAGCGGUUUUAUCAGAAGAGUGCCUUAACUUGGCACAAGAAACAUGUAGCGCACAAGCCCAUGGACGACAAGAAAGUGAGAGAGCGGGAGGAGAAGGCCUCUAAAGCAAAAGAUAAUGAGAGUGACAUUCGCCAAGAAAAGUUUACAAGUGAUGUAUUACUGAAUGCCCAUUGUGAGGGGCAUGAUGAAAAGACUAUCAGUUUCACAUCCAUCACAUCUAAGGCGUUGAAUUCAGAAAUUAAAGUUGAAGACCUAAAGUCUGUAGUAGAGGAAAUUAAAACUGUUAUCAGUAACAUUGAAGGUGAUUGCAUUAGUGUUGUGAAGACUGAUGGUGAUGUUGAAGUCCAGGAUAAUAAGUUUUAAAAAAACUCUUUGUUGAUGUUGAAUAAAAGUUUAUAUUCAGCAGUGCCAAUUAAUUCCAUAGAGCUGGAGGAAAAUGAACUGAAAUUUUUAUGAACUAGCAUGCAUUCAUUCAGGUAAAAAUGUGACAUUUUUGAGAUGUUACUGAUAUAGGUAUUCUAUAACCUGUAUGUUUUGAUAUUUCAAUUUUGUUAUGGUUAUAUAGUGCAGUACAGUACAUACAGUGUACUUUGAUUGAAAAUAUUAAUUCCAUGAAGAGAUCUAUUAUUUUUCAGAACUUUCAAUGUGCCUUGUUUAUGGCUGACAAGAAAUAGGUAAUAAUUUUUGAGAAACAUCUAAUAGUAGAUUAUGCUUAGUUGGCAUAUGACAUAGAAACGGAACUCACUGAUGUAUUUACGCAUAUAUUAGGAAUGUACGUAAAGUAUUUAUUUAUCAGCAGUGAAUGGGAACUUUUUUUACUACAGCCAAAUCUAGGCAUUAGACAAAGUAGUUGUAAAGUACUGUAAUUCCUUCUGUUAUUUUUGUUAAUGCCUUAGCCAAUAAAAUUGGAUGGAAGCUUUCAGUAAUAUUUCAGGGAAAGGGGAGCCUCUGACAAUUUAUUAGAUUGUAAUGCAGUUCUGUAGUAUAUAUAUAUAUAUAUGAGAGCAGAUCCAUCUUCUUUUAUGAUGUGUUCCUGGUAAAUAUAUGUUUAUUUGAUUUA